GUCGGAAUAUCAACUUCCGGCUUCCUAGUUCUUUUCCGGGAGCGGGGCACUGACUGACCAUUGAGUACAAUUCACUCGUGAAAUAUGGCCCGCCAGAGGGUAAAGAAGGAGAGACUGACUGAUUCCAAAGUAGAUGGGAAAAAUGGAAAGAGUACUGGACUUUACAAGAAACCUCAAGUUAAGGAAAAGAAGAAAAAAUCUAAUUUGGGGAAUAUUUUCAUCAAUAUAGCAAUUGUACUGUGCAUUGUGAGCAGUGUAUGGUUUUGCUAUGCUAUUUACAUGAGGUCUUGGCUUGCUAACCGAAUCAUAACACCUCAUCCCUCUUUGCGGAUACUGGACAGCAAUAGUACAAGUCCAGCAUUGUCGCCAGAAAAAUACUGGGGAUCCUACCGACCUCAGGUAUACUUUGGAAUGAAAACACGGAGUCAUAAGUCAAUUGUAACAGGCUUGAUGUGGCUCCAGCAGUUCAAAGCUGAGGUGAAUUUGCGUCAUACAUGUGAGCAAGGUGAUCGGUUACCUGGCUAUGGCUGGCUCAUGCAUGAUGGAAUCAACUUUGGCAUACAGGAAAUUAAAGACAAUGAUUUCAUUUUAACAACUGAGUUUGUGAAACGUCUUGGUGGACAGCAUGGUGGAGACUGGACGUGGCGAAUUACUGCUAAACCACAGAGUUCUAUCCCAGAGAACCCAGUGAUAUCGUUACUGUUUUACGUUGCUGGUGAUGGAGAAGGAAUACUUCAGCCACACAUUGAGGAAAAAAGCAAACUCCUGGCAGUAUCUGGUUCAUCAGAGGAACUGGGCAAAUUCACAAUUACCUUCCUGGCACCAACUACGUUAAAAUCUAGGAAUUAUAAGUAUGCCAGUUACAAUUAUUUGCGGGCGCACUGUCCAAGUCUGGAGAUGAUGACAGACAUUGUGAAAAACAGCUUGAAUGGCCGUUUUGUGUACAACACAGCAUCUUCUCCCAGGCGGUACUACAUUGGUGUGGAUAGCUACAGGCCACCUUCAAAACAAGGCGGGGACACUAUGCAAGACAACUUCUUGGUUCAUCAAGUGACAGUGCAGGUUCCUUUUGAAGUUGAAGUCCUGUUUGAGUCUGAAAGUUUCACAGAUCGAUCCAAUCAUCUUGCUGGAGAAGUCUUCACAAAUGAGCUGGAGAAGUGGAAACAAACAUUUGAUGAAAAAUUUAAUACCAUUUUCAAAUUGCCAGAUAAAGGCUUUUCACCUCAACAAAUUAAAUUUGCUAAAGCAGUUUUCAGUAAUACAAUUGGUGGAAUGGGAUAUUUUUAUGGUCAGUCAUAUGUUCAGUCUAUGUACAAUGAGUACCCAUUGCCUUACCUGGAGGGCCCACUGUACACUGCUGUCCCAUCCCGUUCAUUCUUUCCCCGAGGAUUUCUUUGGGACGAAGGGUUCCAUCAACUUUUAAUCAGUAAGUGGAAUCCAUCUAUUAGUAGAGAGGUGAUUGGACAUUGGUUAGAUCUGAUGAAUGUUGAAGGUUGGAUACCAAGGGAGCAGAUUCUGGACAAUGAGGCACGUAGUAAAGUGCCUGCAGAAUUUAUUGUGCAGAGAAAUGAAAAUGCAAAUCCUCCUACACUUUUCCUCACAAUACAAAAGCUAAUUGAAGAUUUGAAUGGACAUUUGACUAAAGAAGAUAAAUCUUAUCUAAAGAGACUCUUCCCCCGUUUGAGGACUUGGUAUGAUUGGUACAAUUCAACCCAAGUUGGGUCCUUGCCAUCAACCUAUCGUUGGCGAGGUCGUGAUACUGACACAAACCUGUUCCUCAACCCAAAAACACUGACCUCUGGACUUGAUGAUUACCCACGGGCAUCACAUCCAUCUGAAGAUGAAAGGCAUGUGGACCUCCGUUGCUGGAUGACUUUGGCAUCAAAGAUCAUGACAGAUAUUGCAAAAAUUUUAGGAGAACCCCAUCAAGACUAUCAAGGCAUGUACGAGAAGUUGAGUGAUAACUCUUUGCUCCAGGAAUUGCAUUGGUCUGAGGAUCUGAAAGCAUUCAGUGAUUAUGGAAAUCAUACUCAGUCCAUUAUUCUAGAGAGAGAGAAAAUCUAUGUGCCACCUGGCCAGCCACGACAGCAUGUCCAACCUGCCAGACUUAUCCGUUCUGUUCGGAAACAACCAAAACUUCAGUAUGUUAAUGCUUUUGGUUAUGUCAGUCUGUUCCCAUUCCUGCUUCAAAUUCUGCAGCCUGAUUCUCCAAAACUACUUCAUAUCUUAAAUGAUAUCAAGGAUGAUGAGAAACUCUGGACCCCUUACGGCUUACGGUCACUUUCAAAAUCUAACCCUCUCUAUUUGAAACGCAACACUGAAUAUGACCCACCUUACUGGCGUGGACCUAUUUGGAUUAAUAUGAACUACCUUGUGGUUCGGGCUCUGCAUUUCUAUUCCACUCAAAAUGGACCAUAUCAAGAAAUGGCAGCAACACUGUACCAAGAGCUGAGGACUAACCUCAUAUCAAAUAUGUAUAAGCAGUUUGUACAAACUGGUUACUUGUGGGAGCAAUAUAAUGACAGUACUGGCAAAGGGCAAGGUAGUCAUCCAUUUACUGGCUGGUCUUCCCUGAUAGUUUUAAUAAUGGCAGAGCAAUAUUAAUGCUCUCACUAAUGACAUCCUGUGUAAUGGUUUAGGGCUGUGCCUAGGGGAUUAUUUUGUGAAUGAAUCUUUUAAUACAUGAAGUAAUUCAAAUUAAACUUCUCUGCAUGUCUGCAUAUUAA